AUGGAAUUUUCUCUUUCAGGUGGAAAUAAGGAUAACAUCAGAGCAGGCUGCAAGAAAUGCGGCUACCCGGGUCAUCUGACAUUUGAAUGCCGAAACUUCCUCCGAGUAGAUCCUCAACGAGAUAUUGUUUUAGAUGUUAGCAGCACUAGCAGUGAAGACAGUGAGGAGGAAGAACUUCAGAGAUUGCAAGCCAUGCGUGAAAAAAAGAAUUUCAAUGAGGAGGAAGAAAAAAAGAAACAAAAAAGAAAAAGCAAAGAAAAACCAAAAUUAAAGAGACCAAGGAAAAGAUCUUCCUCAUCAAGUGCAUCUGAAGAGGAUGGGACAAAGUCAAAAAAACAAAAAUCACACAAAAAAGAAAGGAAAAAGGAAAAAAAGAAUAAAUCUAAGAAAGGAAAACAUCAUAAAAAGGAGAAAAAGAAGAGACGGAAGGAAAAAAGUUCAUCUUCUGACAGUUCAGACAGUUCUAGUAGUGACUGA